GUCUUUAAAGUGAACGCAAGCGAGCAGUACAAAAAUUUGCUGCUGAAAAAAGUCUAGAAAAAAGCAAAAGAAAUAAAAAAAAAAAAAACCAGUAUUCGAUUAAUCAAUGGUCUGAUAUUAGUAAUUUAAAUAGUUUUCAUUAAAAAGAAGAAAAAAAAAAAGGAAAAAUGGCGGUAAUUAAAUAUCUCAUACUGUAUAUGGCCAUAGGUUCUUCCGUUGCACAAAAAUCCAGUAUUCGUAAAGGUGCUGGUUAUCCCACUGCUCAACGACAUUUGCCGAAACGUCCCACUGAACCUCCGGAGCAUGAAGAUUACAUACCAAAUGAGAAAUGCCCUCUAUCGGAUGGUUUCUUCCCCGAUGAAGAACAAUGUGAUAAAUAUUAUCAUUGCGUUGAUGGCGUCCAUACGGAAAAGUUAUGUGCCGACGGUAUGGUAUUCAAUGAUUAUGACUCGAACGAGGAAAAAUGUGAUUUACCCUACAAUAUUGAUUGCACAAAGAGACACAAAUUGCAACCUCCACAACCUAGCGAACACUGCCCGCGUAAAAAUGGAUACUUUGGUCAUGAGAAAGCUGGCACUUGUGAUAAAUUCUAUUAUUGCGUUGAUGGGCAAUUCAAUAUGAUCACCUGUCCAGUUGGCUUAGUUUUCAAUCCUAAAACUGGAAUUUGUACAUGGCCCGAUGAAGUGGGUGUUACCGGUUGCAAGUCUGAGGAUAUAUUUGAAUUUGAAUGCCCUAAAGUGAACGAGACUGUGGCGGUCACUCAUCCGCGCUAUGCUGAUCCGGAAGACUGCCAAUUCUUCUACGUAUGCGUUAAUGGAGACAUACCCCGCAGGAAUGGCUGCAAAUUGGGUCAAGUCUUUGAUGAUGAGAAAAAGCUAUGUGAAUGGGCUCGUAAUGUGCCAGAUUGUGCGGAUUGGUAUAAGGACCGUCUGACUGAUGCUCAAUUAGAGGAAUUGGAAAAUCCGAAGCCGAAGCAAGAAAAAAAACCUCAACGUAUUCGUGGGGCAUCAAAACGUAAACAUGUUCGUGUAAAUACUCAAGAAGAGGAGGAAUAGGGGAAAAAGUAGCUUUAAUUAGGUGAAAAAUUAAAAGAGAAGACUGUAUCUGUAAGUUUUGGUGGAGUAUCAAGAAAAUUUUAGAAAUAUUUUACUUACAAUCACUGCAAUGUUACGGCAUUAAAAUUUUUAUAAAUCAA